CGGGGCUUUUCUCUUCAGCUGUGCGGGUUUUUCUCACGCACACCUGCUCUGUCCGCGUGCUCGUGCCUGCGUGAGUUGAACGCGUCGAUGCGCGUGUUUGAAGCCGCGUGCGUCCGUGUGCGUGUGCGUGUGCGCGGAGCGUUUGGAGAUGAAACUGGUUCCUCCUCGCGCAGAUGAAUUAUUUGUGAGCUGCUGUUUUUCUUCUGGCUCCGGAAACUCGAGCCGCUCAACGAACAAGAAGAAGAAGAAGAAGAAGAAGAAGAAGAAGAACAGGACUCGGGGCGAUGGGCAGAGGCGCAGAGCUCGCGGGACUCGCGCGCUUCUCCUGGGAGGAGGUGCAGAAACACCGCAGCAGGACGGACCAGUGGCUCGUGAUCGACAGAAAAGUCUAUGACGUCACGCAGUGGGCCACGAGACACCCCGGGGGCUUCAGACUCAUCCAACACUACGCCGGAGAGGACGCCACGGAGGCGUUCUCAGCGUUCCAUCGUGAUGUGACGUUUGUGCAGAAGUUCCUGAAGCCUCUUCUGAUUGGAGAACUGUCGCCUGAGGAACCGAGUCAAGACAGAAACAAGAAGGCGGAGGUGGUGUCGGACUUCAGGUCGCUGGUGUCGCAGGUUCAGUCGGAGGGUUUGUUUGAGGCUCGGUUCUGGUUCUUCGCUCUGUGUCUGAUGCACAUCCUGGUUCUGGAGGGAGGGGCCUGGCUCCUGCCGCUGCUCUGGGGAACCGGCUGGGGCCCGACUCUGCUCAGCGUCCUCCUGCUGACCAUCGUACAGGGGCAGACGUCAUGGCUGCAGCACGACCUCGGACAUUUGUCGGUUUUUAAAAAGUCUCGGUGGAAUCACGUCGGCCAGAGGUUCGUCAUCGGGCACCUAAAGGGGGCGUCGGCUCAGUGGUGGAACCAUCGUCACUUUCAGCAUCACGCCAAACCAAACAUCUUCAGCAAAGACCCGGACGUCAACAUGGUGAAAGUUCUGGUGGUCGGAAAAGUCCAACCUGUGGAGUACGGCAUCAAGAAGAUCAAGUUCCUGCCGUACAACCAUCAGCAUAAAUAUUUCUUUUUAGUGGGGCCUCCUCUGAUCAUCCCCGUCGUGUUCCACCUCCAGGCCUUGUACAUCACCAUCCGACGCAGGAACUGGGAGGACUUGGCGUGGGCCCUGACCUACUACGCUCGGUACCUGGCGUGUUUCGUGCCUCUGUACGGACUCUGGGGCUCCAUCGCUCUCAUCAUGUUUGUCCGGUUUCUGGAGAGUCACUGGUUCGUGUGGGUGACUCAGAUGAACCACCUGCCCAUGGACAUCGACCACGAGAAGCACCGGGACUGGCUGAGCAUGCAGCUCCAGGGCACGUGUAACCUGGAACAGUCGACCUUCAACGACUGGUUCACCGGACACCUCAACUUCCAGAUCGAACACCAUUUGUUUCCCACGAUGCCUCGUCAUAAUUACCACAAGGUGGCGCCACGAGUCAAAGCUCUGUGUGAAAAACACGGGAUCGAAUAUCAGACCAAGACUCUGAGCACAGCCGUGAUGGACGUGUUCUGGUCUCUGAAAAACUCGGGAGAACUGUGGCUGGACGCGUAUCUGCACAAAUGAUCCAGCUCCAGUGGAACUCUUUCAUUCUCUCUGAUCUUUUAAACUUUCUUUUCUAAUUAUUUAAAGGGGCUUAUGGAACUUUUCGAGCGAAGGGUCCGUCACCUGCUGGAUUCAGGACUGUUUCAGUUUUGUCACGAUACAAAUAUUUCAAACUUCAUUUUGAUUCUAAAGAUCAAACUCAAAACUAAUUCAGAUCCGAAAACAAUAAUUUAAAACACUGUUUGUGUUGAGACAAACUCCUGCGAUUUUACAUUUUUAACAACAGAACUUUGUGUUCUGUUCCCACGUUUCCUUAUAUCUGCAGAAUCCUGCAGUGGUCCAGGACUAAACCAGGACUAAACCAGGUCUAAACCAGGUCUAAACCAGGUCUAAACCAGGUCUAAACCAGAUCUAAACCAGGACUAAACCAGGACUAAACCAGGACUAAACCAGGACUAAACCAGGUCUAAACCAGGACUAAACCAGGACUAAACCAGGACUAAACCAGGACUAAACCAGGACUAAACCAGGACUAAACCAGGACUAAACCAGGACUAAACCAGGA